AUGGAAGAUUUAGUUCUAUCAGGUUGGCGAGUGCUUAUUAUUCUCACUUCAAUGUUGAGAGAAGCUGCAGAAUUCGGACCCAAGUUGGUUGUAAAAGAUCGUUCGCGUCAGCAGGAGGUGGAUCACGGAUCACGGAUCACGGAUCGAGGAAUGGGUAAGGAUAAUCGAGGUUGGCCGAUCGCUUAUUACGAAUCACUGAUAGUCGAUAGCGGGUAA